UACAGCUGAUAUUUUUGUGAUUAGUCUUGUGAUCAUUGUCCAAGAAACGUCAUUUUCAGAUCAGCUUUGAGAAUUAAAUGCUGAUCAAAGUAUUUUGGAAUUUAAUCAUAAUAAAAAUCAUUCGGUGACUCAGUAUAAUUAAAUUUUAUUUUAUUUUUUUAUUUUUUCACCUAAGGUAGUGCUUUUUAACCUAUAGUUGUCAACUUAACCUCAAAUUAGAUGGUGAAAAUGAGUUCCAUAACUGAAGAAAAACUAAAACAAUUCUUUGUAAAGUACCAGAAUCCAGAAGCAUCAUGGAGAGAAGUAAGAAAUGUUUUGAAAGAAUACCCUAAUUUACUUCCCGCCAGUGAUAGUUUUGUAUUUAAUGAUGGAUCUUGCCAGAAUCUAUUCAACCUACAAGGAACAAUACCAGUGAAAUAUAAAGGUAAUGUGUAUAACAUUCCAAUAUGCAUAUGGUUAAUGGAUACUCAUCCCAACAAUGCUCCAAUGUGCUAUGUGAAGCCAACAGCAGAUAUGACUAUUCAAGUUAGCAUGUAUGUUGAUCACAAUGGAAAGAUUUAUCUACCUUAUCUACAUGACUGGGUUCCUCAUUCUUCUGAUCUAUUAAGCUUGAUACAAAUCAUGUGUGUGACUUUUGGAGAAAAACCUCCAGUAUACGCGAAACGACGUAUUGAUACUCAGACAUCAACUCCUUAUCCUAUACAGUCUUUCAUGCCGAUGCCAGGAGCUGCAUCUAAUGCAUCUGGUGGAUCUUUUCCUCCAUAUCCUACAAAUUCUCAAUAUGGUAGUAGCAGUACUCCAUACCCACCAUAUCCAACAACAGGCUACGGUGGUUAUCCAAGGUAUCCACCAGCAGGAGGAUUGCCAUCUUUUCCUCCUAGUGGAUACCCUAAUUCAUUCCCAACCCCUUAUCCUCCUGCACAGCCCUCACCACCAAUGACAGGUGCAAUAAAUAGUGGUAAUUCAGAUACUAUAACUGAAGAACACAUAAGGGCAUCAUUACUGUCAGCAGUAGGAGAUCAACUCCGUCGAAGACUUUGUGAACAAUUUUCACAACUUCAAGCUGAGCUUGAAACGUUGCGUCGUACACAACAAGAAUUACAAAAUGGUUCUACAAAGCUCAAGGAAUUGUUUAGCAAACUCCAAAAGGAAAAACAAGAAUUGGAGAAGAAUAUUACUAUUCUUCAGGAUAAAGAAGGAGAGCUAGAGAAAGAAAUAGAAAAACUUUCAGACAAUCAGUCUAUUGAUGUUGAUGAAGCAGUUACGACUAUCGCACCUUUAUAUAAACAAAUGUUGAAUGCAUUUGCUGAAGAGGCUGCAACAGAAGAUGCGAUAUAUUAUCUAGGAGAGGGUCUUCGGCAAGGCUCCAUAGAUCUAGAUGUGUUUUUGAAGCACGUUCGGCAGUUAUCACGAAGACAAUUUAUGCUCAGAGCAUUAAUGCUUCGCUGUCGACAAAAAGCCGGGUUAGCUGGUUGAUGUCAUCAUUAAAUAUCGAACAAACAUGCUUUUAAUCUUAUGGUUGAAUUCUGAUAUAACAUACUAUUUUAAUAUUGAAAAAUGUAUUUAGUUAAAAGAAAAAUUAUACUAUUAUAAUAAUAAGAAUGUAAAUGCUAUAAUCACUAUCAAUGUACGCGUCCAAAAAAAUAAAUCAUGUUAUAGCUUAG